AAGCUCAUCUCUUGAAUGAAAUGAAAUUAGUAGAAACUUUUAAAGGACAACUUAAAACGCUGACUAAAAGGAUGAAGGAAGACAAGAAAGAAAAGAGGAAAAAAUUACAACUACAUAGUGAAGAUGUAGUAGAGCUGUACACUGAAUUGAAACAAAAGCUUGCAGCUCUAAAUGUACAGAAAGAAAGUGUGGCUUUUUCCACCGAGCUGAUGGAGAGGGAAAAGAAAAGUCUGAUAAGUAUACUGUCAGACAUGGUCAUCCAAAGAGACAACAUUCAAUGCCAAAGGAAGCAGAAAUUUGAGGUGUUCAAAGAAUAUGUGAACAAACUGAAGGCAGAAUUAAGGCAAGAAAGAAAUGACCUCGACAGAGAGAGUGAGAAAAUGAAGACAGAAAAACUGGACUUGGAGCUGAUGAAGUGUGACAUUCUGAAACAAAGAGACAUAUUAGAACAAGAGCAACAAGAUAUAAAGAGGGAGCUAAUCGAACUGGAAACCACAAAGAUUGAGAUUCAUAAACAGAAAGAACUCGGAGAAAAUAUGUUUAUUGAGAUAAACAGAGCGAUAGGCUACAUUAAGGAUUUGAUCCUUAAGCUUGAUGCAGAAAAAGACAAGUUAAAGGUCGACAUGGACAUUAUUAUCUUAAAACAAGAUAAACUAGAACUCAAUAAAGGUGAUUCCAAUAGACAAAAACAAGAACUGGAAACAAUAAAGACGAGUGUAAUGGCUGGAAGACAGGAACUGGAACUUUGGAGGGAGGAUCUCACCAAGAAGAAAGAAGAGAUUGGAGCUGCUAUUAACUCCAUCAAUGGAGAGAAAGAACAACUCAGUCAGAUGAAGAGUAGUGCUGACAUGGACAGACACAGGUUGGACAAUGAGAAGGUCAGAUUGGAAGGAGAAAGGUCUGAACUGAAAAUAAGAGAAUCUCAUCUCUUGAAUGAAAUGAAAUCAAUAGAAACUUUUAAAGGACAACUUAAAACGCUGACUAAAAGGAUGAAGGAAGACAAGAAAGAAAAGAGGAAAAAAUUACAACUACAUAGUGAAGAUGUAGUAGAGCUGUACACUGAAUUGAAACAAAAGCUUGCAGCUCUAAAUGUACAGAAAGAAAGUGUGGCUUGUUCCACCGAGCUGAUGGAGAGGGAAAAGAAAAGUCUGAUAAGUAUACUGUCAGACAUGGUCAUCCAAAGAGACAACAUUCAAUGCCAAAGGAAGCAGAAAUUUGAGGUGUUCAAAGAAUAUGUGAACAAACUGAAGGCAGAAUUAAGGCAAGAAAGAAAUGACCUCGACAGAGAGAGUGAGAAAAUGAAGACAGAAAAACUGGACUUGGAGCUGAUAAAGUGUGACAUUCUGAAACAAAGACACAUAUUAGAACAAGAGCAACGAGAUAUAAAGAGGGAGCAAUUCGAACUGGAAACCACAAAGAUUGAGAUUCAUAAACAGAAAGAACUCGGAGAAAAUAUGUUUAUUGAGAUAAACAGAGCGAGAGGCUACAUUAAGGAUUUGAUCCUUAAGCUUGAUGCAGAAAAAGACAGGUUAAAGGUCAACAUGGACAUUAUUAUCUUAAAACAAGAUAAACUAGAACUCAAGAAAGAUGAUUCCAAUAGACAAAAACAAGAACUGGAAACAAUAAAGACGAGUGUAAUUGCUGGAAGACAGGAACUGGAACUUUGGAGGGAGGAUCUCACCAAGAAGAAAGAAGAGAUUGGAGCUGAUAUUAACUCCAUCAAUGGAGAGAAAGAACAACUCAGUCAGAUGAAGAGUAGUGCUGACAUGGACAGACACAGGUUGGACAAUGAGAAGGUCAGAUUGGAAGGAGAAAGGUCUGAACUGAAAAUAAGAGAAGCUCAUCUCUUGAAUGAAAUGAAAUCAAUAGAAACUUUUAAAGGACAACUUAAAACGCUGACUAAAAGGAUGAAGGAAGACAAGAAAGAAAAGAGGAAAAAAUUACAACUACAUAGUGAAGAUGUAGUAGAGCUGUACACUGAAUUGAAACAAAAGCUUGCAGCUCUAAAUGUACAGAAAGAAAGUGUGGCUUGUUCCACCGAGCUGAUGGAGAGGGAAAAGAAAAGUCUGAUAAGUAUACGGUCAGACAUGGUCAUCCAAAGAGACAACAUUCAAUGCCAAAGGAAGCAGAAAUUUGAGGUGUUCAAAGAAUAUGUGAACAAACUGAAGGCAGAAUUAAGGCAAGAAAGAAAUGACCUCGACAGAGAGAGUGAGAAAAUGAAGACAGAAAAACUGGACUUGGAGCUGAUAAAGUGUGACAUUCUGAAACAAAGACACAUAUUAGAACAAGAGCAACGAGAUAUAAAGAGGGAGCAAUUCGAACUGGAAACCACAAAGAUUGAGAUUCAUAAACAGAAAGAACUCGGAGAAAAUAUGUUUAUUGAGAUAAGAGAGAGGCUACAUUAAGGAUUUGAUCCUUAAGCUUCAUGCAGAAAAAGACAAGUUUAAGGUCGACAUGGACAUUAAUUUUAAAACAAGAUAAACUAGAACUCAAGAAAGACGAUUUCAAUAGACAAAAACAAGAACUGGAAACCAUAAAGACGGGUGUAAUGGCUGGAAGACAGGAACUGGAACUUUGGAGGGGGGAUCUCAACAAGAAGGAAGAGAUUGGAGCUGCCAAGUUCUCUAGGUCAAUUCGCCUCAUACAACCCAGGAGACCAAAAAUCAUUCAAUUUAAUCCAAGGAGACAUAAAGACUACAAAAUGAAUAUGCAUACAUCUAGGAAGAUCUAUAGGAACAGGCUCCCUUUUGACUUGACGCCAAAACCAAAGAAACAAAUGGUCACAAUUAAGAUUGACAAGGCAGUACAAACUUAGGUCGUUAUAGAAUGGCUUCAAAAGGACGAUGACGAGAAACCAUAUUUUAUUAAACUUAUAGAAUUUGAACAUGAGAAGUGUGAAAAACAACCUAAUGUGACCAAUCAGACUGAAAAACAUCAGUGGAAGUUAGGAGACGCACAUUAUUUUGGAAUAAAAGAUAAUUACUUAUUUAAGAGGGAAGAUAUGCUGAUACUCAAGAAUGAAGUGGUAAAAAAUGAUCAAAUUACUAAACUUGCAAAAACAUUGCCGUCGUCUACUGUUGAUUUUACAGAUGUGAAAAUGUCAAAAAGACAUUAUUUGCGAAAGCUCUGGAAGGACACAAAAAUGGAACGGAUGGAAAUUGAUCAGAUGAAGCACAUGAGUCAUGAAAUGAGAAACUACCUUGAGAAAAGAAUCAAUGUGAAUGAUCGCUUUGUCAAGAUAACGUGGUCCCAAAAAGAAAAGAAACUCUUAGAGGAGAUACAGAAACCAGAGUUAUGUAAAGACAUGACAUCCCAGAGUAACUUCGGGAGAGGCCGCAAAAAAAACAAUGACAAAUACACACAGCUUGGACAAUGUGAAGUUCAAUUUGAGAAACUAAGUGUUAAUGGAGUGUCAGGGACAGUGACAACUAGUUACAAGGCUAAACAAACCAACCAGGUUAAUACAACCAAAGAGAAUGCAACAUUCCCGUUGACGGAACAUGCUUUUGCCAAAAUGUACCAAGCGCCGAUAAUAAAAGAAGAAACUCA